AUGGGGAUAAAGGAAAUGCUGAACUGGACGCGGGUGCCCUCCAUCCUCCUGCUCGGGCUGGUUUACGUGGCCUAUGUGCUGACCGGCGGUGUGAUUUUCUGGAAGUUGGAGGGAGAUCUUGGCGAGAAAGACAUCGAUCUGCUACUCUCUCACAAAAAGAAGCUGCUUAAGAGGUACACCUGUCUGAACCAAGAAGGCCUGGAACGAGUAGCUGAGGUUGUUCAAGCAGCGUCCAAGGUGGGACUUAGUUUGAAAGGCAACCAGACCUCGGACGGCUUCUGGAAGUUCACCAGCUCAGCUGUGUUUGCUGCCACUGUAGUCACAACAAUAGGUUAUGGGAACAUGAGUCCAAGCUCUACUGCUGGCCAGAUAUUCUGUGUGUUCUUCGCACUAUUUGGUAUCCCGCUCAACUUGGUGGUGCUCAACAGGGUCGGCAAGUACAUCCUUGCUAUAGAGAGGAAUGUCUCUGACUUCCUCGAGGGGAAGACCAAGCGAAGGAAGUGUACCCGCUUCUUUAUCCACCUGGUGUCUUACCUGUGUGGAGCAGUGCUCUUCUUUGUUGUGCCCAUGAUUGUGUUCCAACUGCAAGAGGGCUGGACCUUCUCCCAGGCCAUCUACUAUUGCUUCAUCACCCUCAGCACCAUCGGCUUUGGAGACUUUGUGGCAGAUAGUAAUCCGGACAAAGUGUACCCAGAUUGGUACAGCUUCCUCAUGGCCUCCUGGAUCUUCUUCGGCCUGGCCUGGCUCGCCCUCCUCAUCAACCACUCCAUCGACAUCCUGGAGCGGCUCAACACGCACUGCAGAAUGCGCUGGGGUGGUCAGAAGCCAGAGGAAGAGUCUGGCAGUGCAGAGGGAGAAAACCCAGACACACAGGUGGAGGAGGAAGACGAGAACAAGAAGCCACCAAUAAUUCAGUAAAGAAAGGUGAAGAUUUCAGUAAGCUUAACCUAGUUGUAG